AUGGAGUUAGCACCGCCCCCCCAACACCUUCACAGCACCGCCCCCCCAAUACCUUCUCUGCACCGCCCCCAACACCUUCAUAGCACCACCCCCAACACCUUCUCUGCACCGCCCCCAACACUUUCUCUGCACCGCCCCCAACACCUUCAUAGCACCGCUCCCCCAACACCUUCUCUGCACCGACCCCCAACACCUUCUCUGCACCGCCCCCUAACACCUUCUCUGCACCGCCCCCAAAUACCUUCUCUGCACCACCCCCAACACCUUCUCUGCACCACCCCCGACCUUCUCUGCACUGCCCCCCACCUUCUCUACACCACCCCCACCUUCUCUACACCACCCCCAACACCUUCUCUGCACCGCCCCCAACACUUUCUCUGCACCGCCCCCAACACCUUCAUAGCACCGCUCCCCCAACACCUUCUCUGCACCCCCCCAACACCUUCACAGCACCACCCCCAACACCUUCUCUGCACUGCCCCCAACACCUUCUCUGCACCGCCCCCAACACCUUCUCUGCACCGCCCCCAACACCUUCUCUGCACCGCCCCCAAAUACCUUCUCUGCACCGCCCCCAACACCUUCACAGCACUGCCCCCCAACACCUUCUCUGCACCGCCCCCAACACCUUCUCUGCACCACCCCCCAACACCUUCUCUGCACCGCCCCCGACGUUCUCUGCACCGCCCCCCACCUUCUCUACACCACCCCCACCUUCUCUACACCACCCCCCACCUUCUCUGCACUACCCCCACCUUCUCUACACCACCCCCACCAUCUCUGCACCACCCCCCACCUUCUCUGCACCACCCCCAACUUCUCUGCACCACACCACCAACGUCUCUGCACCUCCCCCCACUUCUCUGCACCACCCCCCGACUUCUCUGCACCACCCCACCUUCUCUGCACCCCCUCACCUUCUCUGCACCACCCCCACCUUCCCUGCACCACCCCUCGACUUCUCUGCACCACCCCCACCUUUUCUGCACCACCCCCACCUUCACUGCACCACCCCCACCUUCUCUGCACCACCCCCACCUUCUCUGCUCCACCCCUCGACUUCUCUGCACCACCCCCCCCUACACCACCCCCACCUUCUCUGCACCACCCCCACCUUCUCUGCACCACCCCCACCUUCUCUGCACCACCCCUCGACUUCUCUGCACCACCCCCACCUUCUCUGCACCACUCCCCACCUUCUCUGCACCACCCCCACCUUCUCUGCACCACCCCUCGACUUCUCUGCACCACACCUCGACUUCUCUGCACCACCCCCACCUUCUCUGCACCACCCCCACCUUCUCUGCCCCACCCUACGACUUCUCUGCACCACCCCUCGACUUCUCUGCACCACCCCACCUUCUCUGCACCACCCCCACCUUCUCUGCACCACCCCUCGACUUCUCUGCACCACCCCUCGACUUCUCUGCACCACCCCCACCUUCUCUGCACCACCCCUCGACUUCUCUGCACCACCCCUCGACUUCUCUGCACCACCCCCACCUUCUCUGCACCACCCCUCGAAUUCUCUGCACCACCCCUCGACUUCUCUGCACCACCCCCACCUUCUCUGCACCACCCCCCACCUUCUCUGCACCACCCCCACCUUCUCUGCACCACCUCCACCUUCUCUGCACCACCCCCACCUUCUCUGCACAACCCCCCACCUUCUCUGCACCACCCCCACCUUCUCUGCACCACCCCCACCUUCUCUGCACCACCCACCCACCUUCCCUCAUCUUUUCCUUUUCUAAAUUUGGACGAGGACAUUAA